AUGAAGGUGACUGUCACAACACGUAGCGGCAGAGAACUCAUCAAGGGAGGCCUUGAACUCAGCGAUUCGGCUACUGUCGCUGAUCUGCAGGAGGCCCUUCACAAACGGACCAGAAAAUACUAUCCAUCUAGACAGAGGUUAACACUCCCUCUUCCAUAUGGGUCGAAGGAGAGACCUAUAGUCCUUACCUCUAAAACGAGCCUGAAAGAGUAUGCUGAUGGCAACAAGGAGUUAACUGUGGUUUUCAAGGACCUUGGUCCGCAAGUCAAUUAUAGCACUCUUUUCUUCUGGGAGUACUUGGGUCCUCUCAUACUCUAUCCCCUUUUUUACUUCUUCCCAUUGUACUCACUUUUCGGCUAUAAGGGUGAACGUGUCAUUCAACCAGUUCAGACAUAUGCCCUUUACUACUGGUGCCUACACUACUUCAAACGUAUUAUGGAAACCUUCUUUGUGCAUCGGUUCAGCCACGCUACAUCUCCUCUUUCGAAUGUUUUUCGAAACUGUGCUUAUUACUGGACUUUUGGUGCUUGGAUUGCUUAUUACGUCAAUCAUCCACUUUACACGCCUGUAAGUGAUCUCCAGAUGAAGGUUGGGUUCACGUUCGGUUUACUCUGCCAGGUCUCGAACCUUUAUUGCCAUAUAUUGUUGAGAGGUCUACGAAGAUCUGAUGGCAGUGGCUACCAAAUCCCACGUGGAUUUCUGUUCAACAUCGUUACAUGUGCAAACUACACAACCGAGAUCUAUCAGUGGCUAGGCUUUAACAUUGCUACACAGACUGUAGCAGGUUACAUAUUCAUGCUAGUUGCUGCUGCCAUAAUGACAAACUGGGCCCUUGCCAAGCACCGUCGUCUCAAGAAGCUAUUUGAUGGGAAGGAUGGAAAGCCAAGAUAUCCUCGUCGAUGGGUGAUACUGCCCCCGUUCCUGUAG